CCCGGAACGAGCACAAGAUCGAAAUUUACGGAGAAAUUCUCUCCAAAACCAUUCACAAAAAUAACUCCCCAAAACCCUAAAAAAUAGGCAAAGAUAAAGGGAGAUCUCUCCGAUUUCCGAACUUCUCUGGGAGCGAGAAUUCUUCCUCCAGAGGAGUUGCAGCCCCUCAAUUCCGCGUCUCUAACUAGAAAUUUAUCCUUUUCCCGUUUUUGAUAUUGUUUUCUUGUGAUAUUUUUGUUUCCGGGGUGUCUCCGGUGUUGCCACAUUGUGGGAUUUUGCGUUUUUACGGCACCAACCAAUCCUAUUUCUCUUUAUAUCUGUCAUGGAAGAGAAGUUUUUUUUCAAUUGGGUGUCGAAUUUUUUCCAUCGUCUGAAGCAAUAUUGAUUCGAUUCUGGCGGUGGACGGUUGGUGCUUUCAGGAUAGAAAUUGUGGAUUUUUGAAAGGGUAGCAGGGUUUUUUUUUUUAAAAAAAAAAUUUGAUUCAAGCCGCCGUUUUUGAUUCAUACAUUGUUGCUUUGCCUUUUAGGUCCCUUAGCGUUUUGAUUCUUUGGUAUUUUUUGCAAAAAAGUUAUUGAUUUUAUGAUGAAUUGUGAUUGAUUUUUUGUUGGGGAUUUUCUGUUCUAGAGAUUUGGGCUGUAGUUAUUGUUUGAAGGGUUUGGAUUUCGCUGGAAUGUGUGCACAGUGAUGAUAAAGAGAGAAGCUUUGCGAUUAUUCUCUUGUCAAUUCCAGACUCUUUGGAGUAUUCGUGGUUCUAUGGCUUUAACUAAGCAUCCCUUUUCUGCAACCUUCUGUGGGUUUAGUCAGUUGAGUGAAUCUUACGAGCAGGGUAGAUUCCGUAGUCGGGCUUGGGUUGAUAUGAGAAUUAGUUUCAGAAAAAUUUCGUCUAAUACCUUGAGAUUGAGAAGCUGUAUGGGUCGCCAUGAUGAUGUUUUUAGAAGAGUCGAUGAUGAAAGAGGAAAGGCUCAUGCCGUGGCACCUUAUUGCGAAUCCCUUCGUAAUUCUGAAGUAGUCUUUGGAGAGGAGGUGGGUGCAAAAUUGGUGAAUGGAAAUGGAGCAUGCAUACAUGGAAAUCCCCUUGGAUUUUCUGACCAUUCAUUGCCCGAGAAAUUGGUGGUUGCUGUUGAUGUUGAUGAAGUCCUCGGAAGCUUUCUCUCAGCUUUAAACCAAUUUAUUGCGGAUCGCUACUCCUCAAAUCACUCAGUGACAGAGUACUAUGUAUACGAGUUUUUCAAGAUAUGGAAUUGUUCUCGAGCGGAAGGUGCCACUCAAUAUCCCAUAUACUGUACAUGUUACAUUUUACCUUCUGAUAUCCGUGUUCAUGAGUUCUUUAAAACUGUUUAUUUCAAAGAGGGUAUUCAUCCUAUCCCAGGUGCUCAACAUGUUCUUCACAAACUGGCCACAUUUUGCAAUUUAUCAGUGGUGACAUCUCGGCAGCAUGCAAUCAAAGAAGACACACUGAAGUGGAUUGAAAAGCAUUAUCCUGGAUUGUUUCAGGAGAUUCACUUUGGGAAUCAUUUUGCUUUGGAUGGACAAUCACGGCCAAAAUCUGAGAUUUGCAAGUCUUUGGGAGCCCAAGUUCUGAUUGAUGACAACCCCCGAUACGCUCUUGAAUGUGCAGAUGUAGGUAUCAGAGUCUUACUCUUUGACUAUGAAAACUCAUAUCCCUGGUGCAAGACUAACUCUGCAACCUCGCACCCGCUGGUGACCAAGGUUCAUAAUUGGCAAGAAGUAGAGAACCAGCUGGUCUCAUUGGCAGUUCCUUAGAGCUUGGCUUGGAAUGCAUGUGGAAAAUUUUUCCUUAAACAUUUUUGUGGCCUUUGAUUUCAGAUGGAUUUAAAUGGAGACUGAGUUCCUUGUCAGGAACAUUUCCUAGGGAGAUUUUACAGCUGUUACAGGUUCCUUGAUUUCAAAAAACAUAUAAAGCAGGGUAAUUUAUUUGAUCAAUUGUAGAUCAGCUAUAGAAGGGCUGUAAGUUCAUCUAAGUGCUAGGUAGCAAGUCUAGAAUCAAAUCAAGUUCUCUCUGUUGAACCACACUCAAAUGAAAGAGGUAAGCAGUAUUUCUGUGUAUACAAUUACAGUGACGACAUUAUGAAAUUUAGUAAACCAACUACAAACUAGUCUCAUUUAGGAAGUUGUAGCAACAUUUAUCAAUUGAAAUAGAUGUCAAUUGGACCA